UGGACGGGCGGGGUGCGGGGGAAGCAGGCGGGAAGGAGCUGCCGCGCUGGCCGGGGAGGCGCCGAAGGGCCCCGGGGCCGCGUCGCCGAGGACUUGUUGCCGUGCUGCGUCCUUAACGCUCCUCUCCAGAACCUCAUCUUCCGCUACCUGCAGAACAGAUCCAGGAUCCAGGUGUGGCUCUAUGAGCAAGUGAACAUGCGGAUAGAAGGCUGCAUCAUUGGCUUUGAUGAAUAUAUGAAUUUGGUGCUGGACGAUGCAGAGGAGAUUCACUCCAAAACAAAAUCAAGGAAGCAGCUGGGUCGGAUCAUGUUAAAGGGGGACAAUAUCACUCUCCUACAAAGUGUUUCUAACUAGGAUUUGUUGUUCUUCGCUUAGAACAACAGCUGCGGUGCUUUGGAGUGAAGGACGCGCUAGUGGGAGCAAGACCAGCUAGCAGGGAGUUAUGCGUAACUGGGGUCACAUGCAGAGUUGAAAACUGCGCGUUCCUUUGUGCAAGUAAUUUUUGGGGUUUUUGUAGUUUGAAACGAUGCACGGUGUAUUUCACAAAUAAACAUUUUUCAUGUUAAUUGUAAAUGUAAAUCUGUUUGCUUUCAGCCUCAUGCCCUUCUGUGAGUAGAGAAGGGGGAGAAAUGUAUUCAAAGUCAUUUUUGCCGUAGAUCUGCGUAGUCUCUGAUAAAUAUCUGUGCAUUCUGGAAUGUUACAUCUGUGUUGGGUGGACAAGGUGGGCUCGUUCAGGAUACUGGAGCGGUGUGAGGUCCUUGAGCUUGCAUGGUUCUAGGGGGGGGACUUGGGGCUGUGGUACAGUAAUCCAACAUUUACAGACUUUAUGGGUAGAUGUGCUUGUAAAAUAGCUUUUAUCUGCAGGUCAGAGAAGCAGAGAGGGUAGUUGGGUUAAAUCUCUAUAAUUUCUUGCGUCUUUGGGCAGAGUCUAGAUCAAACCAUGCCGCUGUUAAGUAAGUCGGGAUAUUGGAUGUGUCG